UGGUGAAAGAGGCCGUAAGCUUCGUCCUAGAUAUUUUCAUGUUUCGUGUUUUUAAUUUUUAAUUAUACUACGCGCGUCUGCACGAGGGAAACAACUGAUUGGUCAAAAUUUUAAGCCACGCCCUCAAUGCCACUAUUAUGCGCAAUGGCUCACUUUUCUUCUUACACCAUGGUGCGAAUCUUCCAUGCUUUUACUUUUACAAGGUAAAGAACUUUUGGAGAUUUGAGAGUUGCAUUAUUCUGUUAAACCAAUCGAUACGUAACAAAAAAUUUGUUGCAUGAUAGAUAAAACAUUAGCCUAAUACGCAUGCGCAAGAUUUGUCUUUCUAUCUGAAUUUUUAUCGUCGCGGAUUACUAAUUGCGAAUGAAAAUCCAGAGAAUUAAUAAAAGGAGAAGAAAGAUGAAUGUUGGCUAAUGUCAUGGUAGCUGCGGAUAUUCAUAGAUUGACAUGAGAGAUUUUGCAAACCGAAAAUACUUGAGAGCCGUACGGAAGUACCGUAAAGAACGACGAAAUAAAGAGACAGUUCCAUUUGAAGAGAGACAAUUCCCAAUUCAAAUUUCUCAAAGUGAAACCAACAUGAGUACCUCGGAUCUACGAAGCUGGCCAAUUUUCAGUUUGCUGAAACCGGAUUUCGUUUCACAGAUUCACAUGGUCGUGGUAUAUGGUAACUUGGGUAAUGAGGCCUUAAUUGUGACAAAGGACAAGAUGGUAUAUGCCUUGGGUAAUAAUAUAGCCGGUUGUUUGGGAACUGGAGAUGCCCACAGUACGUUAUAUCCAAAGAAAGUAGAGACUCUAUGUGGGAAAGAUAUAAAGACAUUUGCGUAUGGCAGUGGACCACAUGUUCUGGCGCUUACAAAAGAAGGACAGGUAUAUUCCUGGGGUCACAACGGUUAUUGCGAAUUAGGGAAUGGAACGUGUAAUCAGGGUCUUACGCCCACUUUAGUAAAUAUGCCCAAUGUGAGCGGCAGUAUCUUCAUGAAGCGCAUUGUAGACAUCGCGUGUGGCAGUCACCAUUCUGUUGCUUUAACCGAAGAAGGCGAGGUGUACGCCUGGGGACAAAAUAGUUGCGGACAAGUGGGCAGUAGCAUUAGCACGAAUCAGGGCGCACCUAGGCAGGUGAAUUCCAACUUGGCUGGAAAGAAGGUUGUUAACAUCUCUUGUGGUCAGACAUCCACUAUGGCGGUCAUCGAAAACGGCGAAGUGUUCGGUUGGGGUUACAACGGUGUUGGUCAGCUAGGAAUAGGCAAUUACGUGAACCAGAUGACACCGUGUCGGGUUGCUGCGCUGUUAGGCGUCGUGAUAGUCAAGGUGGUUUGCGGAUACGCGCAUACACUGGCACUCACAGACGAAGGAAAGCUUUAUGUCUGGGGCGGGAAUAGUUACGGCCAGUUGGGGAUUGGCAACAAGACGAACGCCUGUAAUCCAGUUAUGUUUAAGCACCAAAUGGGAAGGGUAUCCGACAUUGCUGCUCUACAUUACAACCAUAUAAGCAUCGCUGUCGGCGAAGGAGGAUGUGUCUACAUGUGGGGUCACUGCCGCGGUCAGAGCAUUACGACUCCGACCGCCACUCCGUUCUCGAACGUGCACGACGCGCUCGCGUGUUAUGGCUCGCCUAGCGUCAUGCAUCAACCGCUGGUUCUGUAUGUAAAUGAAGAUUCGAGCCUGUUGGAAUGUCUGGGAACUGCAUUUGAUGAUCCCUCGACGAGUGAUCUUACGAUACAAGUGGAGAAUCAACCCAUUCAUGUGCAUAAGGCUAUUUUAAAGAUCCGUUGUUCAUAUUUCAGAACCAUGUUCCAACAUAAUUGGGCAGAAAACAAUCAGAAUGUCAUCGAACAUGAUCAAUUCUCCUAUAUCGUCUACAAAGCUUUCCUGAAAUAUUUAUAUACCGAUGUGAUUGAUCUACCUGUGGAGAAGGCAUUAGAACUUUUGGAUUUGGCUAACGCGUACUGUGAGAAUAACCUGAAGAAGCAUUGCAUUCGAAUGAUAAAACAAGGAAUUACCGUAUCAAACGUUGCCUACUUAUACAGCAUCGCGAUCGAGUAUAACGCAGAGGAACUCGAAGAAUUUUGCUUCAAAUUUGCCUUGAAUCAUAUGACGGCUGUGACGCAGACCGAAAAUUUCGCUAAGCUGGAUGAAAAUACGGUAAAAACUUUUAUAAUUAAUGCAGGCAAGGCCGGUGCUUUUAAGACGUAAUUCGUCUGUUUGCCUCAAGGGCGACGUAUCUCGACGGAAAUGGAUGGAAAUCAUCAGAUCUAUCUGUUACUGCACGAACAUUCGCGACGCAAUUCGUAGUUGCGUAUUUUAACUACGUAUUCUAAAGAGAUACUACGACUUUUAUCGAGAUACUCUUUUCCUCAAGUUGCAUUUCGCUAUUAGCAUUUCUUACAAGUGAUAAAUAUACACGAUUCCAGUCAGAUCGUGAUCUACUUUGAGAAAUGCGAUAAUAAUUCGCGCGAAAGAUUCUUUCGUCGAUCUCUAAGAAGGUGAUCUUGUGAUCUUUGUAAAAGUACCUGAGAUUAAUUUAGAAUUUGCGUAAACAAA